GGUUAACAAGCAUUAUUUAAUCUCGAGAUUAAGAAAAAGGCUGGAUCAAGCAUUGAUCUCGAUAUCCACAAUUCUAAUGUAUUCCGCUCUGUGCUCGCGCAUUUUAAUUAUGCUUUUUUCGCUUUUGUAAAAUAUUAUAUUAUCAAAUCAGUAUUUAAACAUUUAAUGAACCUUUACUUACCGGUUUAAAUUUACUUAAAUAUUCGUGUAUUUAGUCACCCUUAAAUUAGUCGUGUAUAAUUUAGUCACCCUUAAAUUUACAUGGAAUUGAAAUUAAGACUGAACAUUUGGUUGUAUUUGUAAUCGACUAAGCAUAUCCUUAAUGAAUUCAUGGCUUGUUAAAAGCAAUAUUUUAUAUUCAUGACUUCGCAUUCCACGCAACACGGUGCAUUUAUAAGGUUAUCUGUUCUUACGUAUUCUUGCCCUGAACUUAAAUAAAUUGUGAUUUUAUAUUAUUCAUUAUAGAACCUGUAGCUUUAGCAUAUAUUAUAUGAUAAAUUUUUAGAAACAAAUACAUUCAGUUGAACAAGAAGAUUUUUAUCUUUUAUUCUCUUGGUUUCAGAUAAAUAUGCCGAAUAAGGUUGAGAAGGAUGAGGUUGAGGAGGUAGAGGCUGGGGAUGUGGAGGCUGUGGAGGAUAAGAAUAAGGAUAGAAAACAUGAUUGGGGAGCAGCAGAUCUAGAGAAGGUUACCGAUUAUGCUGAGGAGAUGGAGAUUUUAUCUACCGGAAAUGAGCUUGAGGAUGCCAUUACUGCAAUUAGGAACAAACAAGCUCUGAAAACUGCGGAGAAACUUGCCAGGGAACGAGAGCUGGCAAAGGUAACCGUGAACAAAGAGGACAUAGAGUUAAUAGUUGCCGAGAUGGAGCUGAGCAAGGAGCGUGCGGACCGCUGUCUACGCGAGCAUGACGGAGAUGUUGUCGCUGCUCUCACGUCUCUAGUCAAUUCCUAAAUUAUUUACAAUAAACUUAUGUUACAAUGUCUUAUACUUGUAUUCUUGUCCAUUGUCCUCAUUUAUCUAAUUGCAGA